UAUCCCAUCCAUCUCCUCUGCUCCAAAACCAACGCCAAGAGCCCUUUCUCUCACCACCUCUCCUUUCAAUUCCAGUACGGCGGUCGCUCACCGGAUCCAAGAAGAAAAAACCUCUCCCAUUUCCUGUUGUGUUUCGAGUUGUACUCGCCUUGGGAGCUGAAUCAUGAAGAUGCUGCCGGUACACUGCAACAUGCACCCUCUCUCUUUCUCACCCUAACUACCCCCUUCUUCUUUCCUGUUGCCUUGUUUUCAAUGGAAGCAGGUUUUAGCCAUGGUGGUGGGGCUUCAUCAAGUUCUUGUUGGGGUAAAAAUGGAGCAUGGAGUAAGCUAAGAGAUGAGCCAUAUUUGGCAAGGAAGGAUAAGAGCAUCAUGUUAAUAGCGAACGUAACAGCUGCACCAUCAAUUUGGACAAGUUUUUUUUUAGAAGGAGGAUCACCCCCAGCCUCUGCAUCUGAUAGAUGCAUGCGGCAUCCAUUUGGAAGGUAUGCAUACACAAGAUACGAAUGGGAGUCAGAGAAAGCGCAUACACAAGAUCAUCACGAACAACAAGCAGAAGCUAUGGCCAAAACAGUAUAACCUCUACGAACGAGGCUUGAAAGAGGGCACGCAUUGUAUGCACUGUUGCCUAAGUUGAUCGGUUUGUUGUACCCGCUGAGUCAGACAAGAUGAACAACUAGAUUCUGGGGGAAGGACAUCGACCAGGGAAAAUAUUUGGCAUGUACGUAUCACUGAAGUUGCUCUGUAGCAGUGUGCUGUUCCAGGCAACAGUGCAGGCCAACACGUACGGCGCUCCUACACAAAGUUGGCAGCUACAUACAAGAACUGGCCAGCAACAUACUUAUCACUUAAUCGAAUGAAUUACAAUUCCCUUGACGGCGAACUGCAUUGUUACUUUGUGCAGAAGCCCAUCAAAGUUUCGACAUAAACAUGGGCGCCGUUGAAUUCUGAGGCAGCGAGCUCCCUCUACUAGCAGGCACCUGCAACGAAAAAUUGAUGACACGGUGAGGACCUCUAUAUGUGCUAUAUACAUCUUCAGAAAGGGCGCAUCAGGAAAGCGUGUUUGAUCAAAUUAGUAGCAGGUUAAAUGCAUCUUGCGGAUUAUGAUGGCCUUUUCUCAUUCUGCUAAUGAUACGAGUGUCAAUGCUAUCAUGCAUGUGCUUGUCUAUUUUGAUCAUUCCUCCUUUCUGAAGAAACCUUUUUUUUUCUCGAGCUCCUCUAGAACUUGAGAUGUUCGAAGUACGUACGAUCGCCCUGUAUGUUGAGAUGGUUUUGUAUGGUGCUAUGGUUUGUACGUA